AUGGGUCCUGAGAGCGCCUUGCCGUGCUCACCUGAGUUCGAGAGCCCAGAGCAAUAUGUCGACUCCUUGCUGGAUUUUAUUGCAUCUUCUGAAUUGUUGCAUGCCCUCUGUGGUGGUGUCCAUGUACUUGACUUCUUCACGCGCAAACCGGAUCUUUAUACCUUGGUGAUUGAGCCAGAAUGGCGAGACUUUUUCCGAGCACACGACAUAAUGGACAUUCUGGAUCUACUCAUGCGGGAAGACCUGAACAUUUUCAACUCAGAAACGAAUUCUUGGAGAGAAGGUCCUGUACCGCCGGAAUCUUUGUUGCAAUAUAUCAAGCAAAUCAGAAGGUUAUCACUUCGACGGGAACACACGCCAAUCAACAGAAAAGACCGAAAAGGAGCCAACGGACCAAAAACUUCACAUACACUUGCCCGUCAGGUAGCCGUCGGCAUGAAUGUCAAGAAAAUCCACGAAGUUGAUAAUUUCUGUCGGUAUCUUGACAAACUGACUACUGAAAUUGCCGAGUCUACGAAUCAGGAGAUUACACAUUUGGUUGACUUUGGAGCUGGCCAGAAUUACUUGGGUAGAGCGCUGGCAUCGGAACCAUACAACAAACACAUUAUCGCUUUGGAGAGUAGAGCACACAACAUUGAGGGAGCGAGAAACUGGGAUGUGCUUGCCAAACUAGCGCCAAAGCAACAGACCAUGGUAAACAAGAAGGAAUGGAGACUUCAGCAACAAGCACUUGCCGAACAAGGCAUUUCCGAGAAAGAACCGCAAAAACAAGAUCUCAAAGGAGAAAGAGGGUUUCGCGCAGAAGCUCCUGCCGAAGAAGAAAAGCCUGCACAAGCAACUCUCAAGAUCUCAAAUUCAGGAGUUGGCAGCAUCCAAUAUGUCGAACACUACAUAAAGGACGGCGACCUCUCACGCGUAGUGCCUCAGAUUGUAGAUCAGGAUGCUGUACGAGAGAAGGUGACCUCAGACCUCGAGACCGCCACAACAGAAGCACCACCCUCAAAACAGAUUCCCGACAAUUUCGUCGAGGGUAACCUUCAACUUGACAACUCGAUCAAGGCUCAAGAUCCUCGCCUUCUCAUCAUAUCUCUGCAUAGCUGUGGUAAUCUCGUCCACCACGGUAUCCGCUCUCUCCUACUCAACCCCGCCGUUUCUGCAGUGGCCUUAGUCGGCUGCUGCUAUAAUCUGGUGACAGAACGUCUAGGCCCUCCAACAUACAAGCUACCAUCUCUAAGAUCAAAUCACCCUCGUCUAACAGAAACCUCCGAAGCCCAUGACCCGCACGGUUUCCCAAUGUCCUCACGCCUCUGCAACCAAGACACAUCCAGUGGAAAGGGCGUCCGUCUCAACAUCACAGCCCGCAUGAUGGCCGUCCAAGCACCCCAAAACUGGGGCAAGAGAGAUUCAGAGGAUUUCUUCAAACGCCACUUCUACCGCGCUUUGUUGCAGAGAAUCUUCAUGGAUAAGGGUAUUGUACCUGCUCCAGAGCCCGCGGAUGUGGAAAACAACAACGGAAGUCCUCUGGGUUGGUCGGCUGGUGGAGGCACUGCACCCAUCAUCCUCGGCUCACUGCGAAAAUCGUGCUACGAAUCUUUUGUAGCGUACGUCCGAGGCGCUCUCGAAAAACUCAUCAACGACCCCACUCGAGGCGAGUUGUUCAAGGAGAAGAUGUCUACAAUGAGGGACGAGGAGAUCUGUCAAUAUGAAUCAGACUUCAAGGAACGAGGCAAAGAGUUGAGUGUCAUGUGGAGUUUGAUGGCGUUCAGUGCUGGAGUCAUCGAAGCUGCUAUCGUGGUGGAUAGAUGGUUGUUCCUCAAGGAGCAAGAUGAGGUUGCUGAUGCUUGGGUGGAGCCGGUGUUUGAGUUUAGACACAGUCCAAGGAAUUUGGUCGUGGUUGGAAUCAAGAAGUAG